CCCGUAUCGUUAACGUGGGUUUUUACAUUUUAGUUUUUUGCCGCUUCCAUGACUUCUUACCCGGUUUUUAGGGUUUCGGGUUUUUGUUCAACGACAAUGGAAAUCACUGCCUGCUCGGCGAAGGCGAAGAAGAAGAAUCACAGACCGGAGGCGCAGUUCAGGCACGCCCUCGACACUUGCUCGAAGAAUAACGAUCUCCUAGGUGCCCUCUCCCUCUACCAGUCUGCCGACUCGAAGAACAUCCAUCUAUCCUCCUACCACUUCAAUUCCCUUCUUCACAUUCUCUCCACCUCCCUCGAGACCCUAGAAGAGAAGGUGCAUACCAAAGAUUCCGCGAUAGAGACUUCCUUCCGCAUAUUCGACCGCAUGGUGGCUGCCGGCGCUGUCCCGACAGAGGCUACCAUAACAACGAUGGCAAGGAUCGCCGCCCGUCUACCGGAUAGUGGGGGAGACAUGGCUUUUGAUCUCGUGAAGAACAUGGGGGAUAAGUAUGGCGCAACGCCAAAACUGAGAACCUACGGCCCCGCGCUAUUUACCUUCUGCAGAAACAGGGAAGCUGAGAAGGCUUAUUACGUCGAGGAACACAUGAUAUCGAAAGGAGUUUCUCCCGAAGAAGCGGAGAUUGCUGCGCUUUUGGAGGUUAGCGCGAAGGUUGGGAGAGGGGAGAGGGUCUAUGGCUAUCUGCAGAAACUGAGAACUUGUGCGGGUGGGAUAGCUUCAUUGACAGCGGAUGUGUUGGAGAAGUGGUUUAUCAGUGGGCAGGCUAUGGAAGUUGGGAGCUUGAAUUGGGAUGUGGAUCGAGUGAGGGAUGCACUUUUAGUCAAUGGAGGAGGUUUUCAUGGUUUAGGUUGGUUGGGGAAAGGUAGAUGGGAACUUGCCAGAGGUGUUGUUAGUGUAGAAGGGGAUUGCUCUUGUUGUGGGCUUAGGUUGGCUUGUGUAGAUAUUGAUCAAAGUGAGACCGAGAAGUUUGCAGAUUCCGUGGCUAGCUUGGCCAUUGAGAGGGAGACCAGAGCCAAUUUUGGAAAAUUUCAGGAAUGGCUAGAUAAUCAUGCGUCCUAUGAAGCUGUAAUUGAUGGUGCAAAUGUUGCACUUUAUCAACAGAACUUUAAAGAUGGUGGAUUUAGUUUAUCCCAGCUAAAUGUCGUUGUUGGAGAAUUACAAAAAAGGUGCCAGGGUAAAUGGCCUUUAAUUAUUAUUCACAACAAGCGCUAUCGAGGGCUCAUGGAAAACCCUGCUAACAGACAGCUGCUUGAAUCAUGGAGUGCAGCUGGCGCGUUAUAUACAACACCGAAUGGGUCAAAUGAUGAUUGGUAUUGGCUUUAUGCAGCAGUUAAGCUCAAGUGUUUGCUUGUGACUAAUGAUGAAAUGAGAGAUCACAUAUUUGAGCUCCUAGGUAGAAACUUUUUUCCUAAGUGGAAAGAAAGGCAUCAGGUCAAGUACAAUUUCGUUAAAGGCCAUUUGGUGCUUAAAAUGCCACCUCCAUAUUCUAUAGUCAUCCAGGAAUCGGAGAGUGGAUCAUGGCAUGUUCCAUUAGAUGACAACAGCCAAAACGAGAGUUCAAGGGUUUGGCUGUGCAUAACUAGACCAGCGUCAAGCAACAUUCUAGAGGUAAGAUACCCCUAUACUAACCAUAUUGAUUCAGUUGAAAUUCACAAUACAGAGAAUUUGUUCGUUAUGAAUUGCACAACAUUAACCACUUCACGUAAAAGGAAAGAGAGAUCUCCAUAAACUUCAGAUGCCCACUUAAUCUUUGCGAAGCUUGUAUUAACAACAAGCACAUUGGGUAUCUCUACUUUAUUUUUGUAACUGGCCGAAGCAUGUACCAUGGGUUUGCUUGUAUGAGUUUCCUUUUUUAUCAUAACACAAUUUUUAUUUAGAAAUUUGUUGUGUAAUUUUUUUUUUUUGUUACUAAAAAAUGAAGUUUUCAGUACCUUUGGCAGUAUGAAUUUUGAAGUUUGAGGUACAUUAUUAGCUUAUGAAAUUUGCCGUCAGUCCCUGGAAAUUGGAAUGAAGAGAGUAAGGGUUAUUUUUUUUCCUGAUUAGGAUUUAUGCAUUUUUGCUCAUUGUUAUGCAAUGUUUGGAAAGUAUUAAGUUCGUCUCUCUACUUUAGAGUGAAAAGAAUGAAGUGGAAUACAUGAAAUGUUAGAACUGGACAGCUAAUUUACCACCAGCGUCUUAAAAAAAAUGAAGUUAGAGAAUCACUUUUAUCACUAAAAGAAGUGACUUUUUGUUUGAAAACAAGAACAAAUGUUAAACAUAUUUAUGAUUUUCUUGAGCGUGCAAUUUAGCAAACGCAGCACCCAUUUCUAUACAUAUAUAUAUAUAUAUAUUGCAACAAUUCCAACUUUUGCAACUCAACUACCAAUAUGUUAUUAUCUUUGAGUAAUCCUAAAAGAAAUUCAUGCUAGGUUUUUUUAAUCGCUCCUAACAGUUGGUGUAGAGGUUUCAUUCUUUUACUUAACAUGAGACGUAAGAAAAACUUAUAUUAAUUUAUUUAGGGAGUUAAGCAUUACUGUUUAUCUUUGCCACCAAAUUUCAAUAGUGUGUUACUAUUUUAGCUCUCCACUUCAAACGCAAAUCAAUGUAAAUAUUGUGCCAGUGCAAUGAUAUAAUUUUGCAACUUAUUCUAUUUUUUUGGGUUGGUGAGCUAUAAAUCUCAAAGUGUUGUGGCUCAAACUCGUGAUCUUGAAGGUGCAGUCAUCUCCAUUAACCAAUAAGUCAUGGAUCCUUUCAAUCCAUUCUUUUGCUUACAAAUACAACAAUAAAAAAGGUACCAUGCUACUAUAAGCAAUAUUUUUGUCAAUGAGAAAACAUGCUUUAAAAUAUGAAAGAAAGGAUAAAAUGGAAUUCGCGUGAGAGAUUUAUAACUACUAUGAGAAGAGCUGCGUGUAAUUCUUUAUUAAAGGAGAUAGAAGACGGUGCUUAUUGCUCUAUAAGUAUAGUUGUUUUUUUAUUUGUUUUUUUUAAAUGAUUGAUAAAUUACGAAAUAUAUGUUUUGAAUUUGUGAGAAUAUACAAUCAUCUUAUUUAACCAGUGAGCCACCAGUCCUUUCACCAUACAAUUGUUGCUAUCUCUAAAAUGUGCUCACCUAGGAAGCUAAAUUGAAAUAUUAAUUGAAGGUUGAAGUAGGUCUAAUGCCAUUAGAUAUUUCCUCUUAAAUAGCUGAGUUAAAGUGAUUUUUAAAUCAUGAUUUAUUAAAUGUAAUAUACAUGAAGUUCGACUUUGAUAUGUAACUAAUGAAUUUACAAUGUUUUUGUGCAUUUAAGGAUAUUUAAAAUUAGUGCUUGAGAUUUUAUUGUGAGGAUUUGUAAUAGUUGAGAUUCAUCCCGAGUGAUUUUAUAUUUCCAAGAGCUCUCUUGAGAUAUUGUAUAAAUUGAAAUGUUUCAACCAUGAAUAUUCAAAUAGUUAUUUUAUUUCGCUGUCUAAGUAUGAGAUGCCUUAUGAUACUUUGGGAAAUAUUUAGAUUUAUGUAUUUUUUCUCAUUAAAAAAGAAAAAUCUAUAGAUAGGAUAGGAUUUUGACAUGUGUACCAUACAAUUCUUGAACUUCCCCUCUUCUCCUCUUAUUCAAGUAAAUCAUUCCUUUGCCUUUCUUCUUGAACAUGAAGCACCCAAGAAACCUCAACAGGCUAAAUCCUUAAGUUGAGGUUACGGAGCAAUCACAUAGUAACCUCUCCAAUCUGAUUCACCCACUAGAGCUAAGACACACUAAUAGUUUUGUGAGAGCCCUCAUGAGACUAACUGAAAUUGAUGAGUAUGUAGUUUAUGGAAAAUUUUCCUUCGCUUGUGCGAUCCAUUGACAAGAGCUGUUAAUGCUAAUUUCAUGGGCUACCCAAAAGAAAAGAAGACAAACAAACAUCCUCCACUCAUCGGUUGUGAGUGAACUCUCGGUCCUUUUGACGGUAACAAUGACAAUCUAUUUGAUCAACGUUACGCCCUGACUAUUGAUCAUGUUAGCGAGAGGCCAAUCUCCAAGACAAUCCGACUUACUAGAUUCAUUUCAAUCAAAUUGAGCUCAACUCCACAAAACACUUUGAUAAGAUCCAUUUAGAUUGAAAACAUUUUUGCAAUGUCUGACCAGAUCCCUUCCAACACAACUAGAGGUGUGCAUUUUAUUACGGAUUUGUUAUAUCAAUUGAAUUUAACUAAAUCAUAGGUAAAAUAGAUCUAACUGACACAAUCAUAGGUAAAACUAAACAAAACUAAACUGUAUUAUGACCCAAAUUGUGUCUUUUUUUUUUUUACUUCUAGAUUUUCUUUCAAUUGAUUUUAUGAAAUUAUUGAUACUUCAUACCCUAGCGAAAAUUCAUGAAUUUUCAAAGCAUCAUGUCCAUAAUUUUGUAAUGCUCCAAAACUUCUUUCUUCCCAUGAUUUUUCUAUAGAAAAUUAUUGGUGUAGACCGUUAGUAAAUUUCUCUACUAUGCAGUUGCAGGAAAGAAAGAUGAGAAUAUUAGAACAGUUUAGUUUUUACGCCAAAAAUUGCUUCUAUGAUAGAAGAAUUCGAAUUAUUUUCAUUUAUGUAUUUAGUUUUUAUGUCAUGAUUCUUGCUAGUCUAUUUGAGAAGUUGCUUCUGCAAUGAUAACCUAAGGAGGCAUCAUUGAGAUGUAGAAAAAAUAGAGUUUUGAUGCAGAAAAUAUUAUCUUAUUAAAUUGUUGCCAUGAGUUGCUUUAUUGUAGAAAUUCAAACUUUCUCCAUUGUUUAGGAUAUUUAUGUCAUCAUCAUCAUUUCAUAUUGAUGCAUUGUCAAAAAAUGAGUUUUACUUACCAAUAAAAUCCUUGUUUUUUGGCAAUAUUCUGAUCUUGUCUCUGUCAUCCUUUUCUUAGUAGAAUAGUAGGUGCCCCCAAAAAAAGAGUCUAUUUAUAACUUUAGUUAAGAAUAUGACUUUCAAGAUUUCAAAGAAAGCUAUUAGAGAUUUAAAAUCUAUCCUGGGCGGCUGUAAAGUAGUUUUAUAAUUUUUAUGAGAAAAUUUUCUUAUAGCUGUUUUGUAUAGCUGUUUUGUAAGUACAAUAUAUAUAUUUAUUUAUUUUGGGAAAAUUUUUUGGCGACAUCUUUACAACUACGACAUUCUAGUAGAUUAUAUUAUACGAAGUUGCUUCUCUUCGUAAAAACUUCAAAAAAAAAAAAACAGAAGAAUUGCAGCCAAAAUGGAAUUGUGGCAACAAUUUAUGUUUCUAUAGAAUUUAAUUGAUUGUGCAAGCCACCAGUUGGAUACCUCAUUAUGAACGAAAUUGUGUUUAAUCUGGGCCUUCCAUUUGCCUCCAGCAUGUGAGCUAAUCGUUACCUUCACUUCAUUAGCUCAGUUUUCCAUUUGGGAAUCGUUGUCUUCUUCAAUCCAUAUUAGGCUUCUGGGUUCUUAGUUUAUGAAAAUUGGGGAAAACCAUCAGAAUAUUAAAAUAUGAGAUACUAACUCUGUUUAAGAUCCAAAGCACAAAUACAAAUCUUGAUCUAAAGUAGCUUUAAAGUUUAUCAAAAAAUAAUUUAUAUAUGAAGGUCUAAAGGCAAAAGAAUUGUUUAACGGGAGAUGAAAGCAAGUGUAAACACAAGUGUUCACGUCUAGGAUUGCUUUACUUCUAUCUUAUCUUCUUUGAUUGGGAUGUCUGAAAGGCACUUAGACAUUUAGAUAAUUAAUGAUAUUGGUAACAGUGGUAAUUAACCUUGAUUAAUUUAUUCCAUAAAUGUUCAUAGACUGGCAGCUUCCUCCCUUUGAAUGACUUCUAACGCUUUGCAUUCUUAUUAUUUUAUGUUAUUAUUUGAUUGUGCAUGUGUGAGAGAGCUUCAUACACUGGACAAAUUAUUCUGUGCGGAAGCCGAACCCCGUCCAGAUACCUAAGCCCGCAGCUCGGUACCGCUCGGUGUCGUGGUACUGCGGAUCGGUACUGUUCGGUAUCGCGGCUCGGUAUCGCUGAGGUGACUCAUUUUGAUUGAUAUCCGAAUGUAGAUCUGCGUUCGACGUCCUGCGUUCCGCAUCCGCAGAGAAUAAUCUCUCCACACAUUAGGCUUGUUUAUUAUUAUGGGUUGUAAUGUUCUGUUAUGUAUAAAAUAUUAUAAAAUAUAUUAUGUGCAUAAUAAUAUACAGCAAAUAUGCAGAUGUGUAUA